CCGCCCCGCCCAUCCAUCUCAUCAGCCCUUCCGAGUCUAACGACUAGCAACUACGUAUGUGUGUGUGCGCGGAUGUACUUGGAUAUGUACUUGGUAUGGGUGGCUGCCAUAUAUGCCUGCAUACACAUGUACAUGCUUGCCUGCCUGCUUGCUUGCUUGCUUGCGUGGGCCCUCCGCCCUCUCAUCUCCUCGCUUUUCGCCUUUUGCAUCAUCUCUCCUGCUUCUUUUUCCCUUUUCUCCCUCGCUGCGAGUCAAGUGCCUACCCCCCGCCCCGGUUGCUCCAAGACUCGACUACCCCAGACCAUAUAAAUCACCCGGAGCCUGCCAGCCUAUAAUGCGGGGAUUAAGCAUCUGAAUUCCCACCACAUCAACCUCCACCAUCACUUCUGCCCUACCCGUCCCCUACUUUACCUAUCCAUUGUCUGUCCUCCGCCAUGGCCACCCGCUCGCUCCUGCUCCUCAUCUCUACAGCCUGAAGACGCUGCCUCACGGAUCCUGCAUGGCCCUGGGGUUGCAAACAUCUGACACCCAUUUCCCUGCCUGCUUCACUUCGCUUUCUAUAUAUACUUACCUACAUAUAGCCGCCCGUCUUUUCUUCUCGGCCGCCCAGCUCUGCUAUCUUGUUCUGCUUGCCCCAUUGUUUUUCUUUUCUUCUUUCUGCUACAUCGAACCACUGCUUGCCGGGGUCUCGCGCUCAACUCGUCCCAUAUAGUACGUAGUCCUAUUUUGGCGACUCUCAUCCCUCCGCUGCCCCGGAGCACGUCCUCCAACAUGUUCCACACUUUUCAAUCAUCCUCCGGCCUGCGGUCGCCUGGCACAGACGAUGGUCUCUCGGGGAAGCCCGCACGCGCAGCCGGUUCCCGCCGGAUUUCAACGAGCAACGCCUGCGUUGAAUGCAGAAGACGCAAGAUCCGCUGUGACGGAUCGCAGCCCUGCGGUCAGUGCCAGUGGUACCAACAUCCCGAAGCAUGCGGCUACUCCAAGCCUGCGCAGAGAAUUGUACCCAGCAGGAAGCUGGUCGACAAGUUAUCCACCAACAUUGAGCAAUACAAGGCUAUCUUGGCCAAAUUGUACCCCUCCAAAGAGCUCGACACACUCGUUGCCUUGCCACGAGAAGAACUCUUGGAGCUGGCAUUGUCUUCCCCAGGGUCUGCCCGGUACACCUCUCCAUCCACGGCCGAGACAAAGGCCAUCUCCGACGUCACUCUGGGGUCCGAUGGCGCUGAAAGUCUGGAGGCCCUCGAGCAGGCACCCCCAGAAGACCCAUUUUGGGACGAAGCUCGAAAGCACCAGGUCCGUAUCCAAGGUAUCUCAGACGAUGUCAAUGGUCUCUCCAUGUCUGUUGAUCGCAUGUCCUCUUACGUUGGCAUCUCCUCCAUUACAGCCGCCCUCAAAGUGAUUGUCAGAUGUGCUCCUCAAGUCCGACCGCUCAUCGCUCACAGCAACAACGAAACUAUGGGACCGAGCAGAGCUGCAUCUCCACCACCCGAAGCUGCCGACAGCAUACUGGACGCUUUGCCCCCACCUUCCCAGGGCCAAGAGCUGAUCGAGUCGUACUUUGAACGCAUCCACCCUUUCUGCCCGCUAAUUGAAGAACGCAAGUUCUGGUCCACGUACCUGUACGGCGACAGGAGAGACUCGCCGUGGCUGGGUCUCUUGAAUAUGGUAUUUGCAUUGGGGUCUCUUGCAUCUUCGACAGCAGAUAACGAGAUGCACUACAUCUACUACAACCGAUCACGAACGCACUUGAACUUGGAGUCGUUUGGAAGCGGCAAUCUCGAGGUUCUUCAAGCUCUCGCCAUCAUGAGUGGGUACUAUAUGCAUUAUUUGAAUCGACCCAACGAGGCUCAUUCACUCAUGGGUGCCACUCUUCGAAUGGCAACAGCACUAGGCUUGCAUCGGGAGUACUCUGAAGGCACGAAGAGCGAUGAAAACAGGCACCUCAACUUGCUGACAUCGACCGAAGAAAUCUCCAUAUCACCCGAAAUGAGGAGACGGAUAUGGUGGAGUCUUUUCUGCUUGGAUUCAUGGGCAUCUACAACCACCGGAAGGCCGUCUCUGGGGAGAACGGGACCUUCCAUAACCGUGCUGUUGCCCGGAACUUCUCGAAGCUCGAACAUCGAGCAACUCAAGGUACUACCGCUGGUCCACGCCGCCCAAUUCUGCAAGAUUUCUACCAGAAUCCAAGAUCGCCUGGUGGAAUCCCCGCUUCUUUCGCCCUCGGAAACGGCGUCACACGAUGCUGAGAUCGUCAAGUGGCACGAUGAACUUCCCAUAAUCCUCUCGGAUGUGGAUGAGUCUUGUCCCGAGUUCCUACGCCGUGUGCGAUUUGUGAUGAAAUGGCGGUUUCAAAAUCUGCGCAUCGUACUCCACAGGCCAUUCCUCUUGAGCGCAGCUCUGCGAAGAUGCCCCUUCAACGACUUGAGUGCCGACGAGAAGGUUGCGGUAGGCAAGUGCCGCAUACUCGCGGCAAAGACGAUCGAGGAUAUGUCGAACGAAUGCCAACCCGAUCUCAUAUCAGGCUGGAAUGCAGUAUGGUUCGUGUUCCAGGCAUGCAUGGUGCCGCUGGUGUCCUUGUUUAGCGAUACGAGCAUGCCGGAGGAAGUACGAAAGUGGAUGGCCACCAUUGAAACGGCGAUAGCCUUCUUCGAAAGAUCCAAGCCAUGGAGUAUCGCAGCCAAGCGCAGUAUGGACGCUGUAGCUAAACUCUACCAGGCCUACAAAAUACAGGCUUCCACGCAAGGCCAAUCAGAGCCUGGACAGCCUGCCAUCCCUGUCAGUCAACCGCCUCCGUUUGCUCACCACAUGCAAGGUCUGGGUGGGUUUGAAUUCGACCAUGUUCAUGAAGGGUCCAACUUCGCGAUGCACCCUGGCGCAGUGGGUGGGUGGGGUGCGGAUGCGAAUGCCGUCGGCACCAACCUCAGCGGUUUCUGGGACGAGAUGCUGUGGGACACCAAUCUGCCAGACAUGAUGGACCCGCCAUAUAUGGGAAUGACCACAGACUACGACUUCCAGAACAGCGCGCCAGAAAAAGGGCCGCUGUGGAUGGGCGGCAUGUAG